AUGGCGGAUCCACCACGUUUCUCUCUGUUUCAGCAGAAUUUUCAUACCGGAGACAACCCAUAUCUCAAGCUUGAUGACCAGUUCUUAAGGACACACAUGAAAGUGUUGCUAAGAUCGGACGCAUCGGAGAGAAUUUGGGAAGUGAAACUGGACGGCAACAGGCUCGCCGGCGGCUGGGAAGAGUUCGUCGCCGACAAUAAAUUCAGAGACGGUGACGUUUUGGUUUUCAGACACGAUGGAGACGAGAACUUUCAUGGAACAUUUUGGCGAAGAAGAAUAAGAAACCAGAAGCAGGAUCUUUCUAGAAAUUUUACGGUGUCGUUUGGUGAGCACAACAAGACACGUGAGAUAGAUCUAGUUAAUGAGCAAGGAAGAAGAUGGACUCCGGUUAUUGCGAAAAACAGCUCAAGUGGUGUGUUUUACAUCAGACGAGGAGGAGGCUGCAGCAAUGGAAAGAGCAAGUCGGAUGGAGUUUCAGAGGGAAAGAAGAAGACUCCUUCGCCAUUUCUGAAAUUAGAGUUGACACCCAACCGUUACAAGAACGGACAACUAUAUCUUUCAUCGCCUUUCACUACCGAGAAUGGCAUUAAUAAGCCUGGGGAGGUAACUCUGCUGAACAAAGAUGGAAGAAAGUGGUCAUCUAAUCUACAUAUGACAGGAGACGUUCGACGCCGAACUGAAUGGUUUUAUUUGAGAAGAGGUUGGAGAGAGAUGUGCGAAGCGAAUGGAGUGAAAGUAAACGACUCGUUCGUGUUGGAAUUGAUAUGGGAAGAUGCAAAUCCUAUGUUUAAGUUCCACUCUAAGAUUGAAAACCAUGAAAAGAAGGACAAAAUGAACUGCAAAAAUCGUAAGAAGAGAGCUUGUGAGGCUGAUUUACUGGAAAGGGCUGUGGAAAAGACUCCAAGAGUUGAAAUAGAGGGAAGGAGAGUAAGUCGCAUAGCAGAGCAUCACGAUGAUGAUGAGAAAAGAGGAGGCACUCGGAUUUCAAACAGACUCACUAUUACAAACUCAAGAAAAUCGCAGUACACGCAACCAAAAUCUUGCACAGUCUCUGAUCAAGUGACUAACGUGAAACGGAGCAUUGUAGAUACUCUGAACACUGUAAGGCAGCUUCGCUCAGAGCUCAAGACAAGGGAACGGAAUCUGGAAGCUUCGCUACUGGAAAUUGACGCCUUAGGGGAGAGGAUAUUGGGGAUCAGCCAAAUCCUCAACAAUAAACUGGUUUAA